AGUUUUCUUUUUUCAGACUGCACACUUCAAGCUUGACAAAGCUUGGUUCCGCCCAUCAAUGCAUCAGGUUCCAAGAUGGCGGCGUCCAUGGUACUGAGCUUGGAUAAUUUGCCUUCGGAUCCUUUACUGUUGAUUUUAUCUUUUCUUGAUUUCAGAGACUUGAUCAGCUGCAGCUUUGUGAGUCGUCGACUCAAUGAGCUGUCCGGACACAAUCCACUAUGGAGGAGACUCUGUUUCAAACACUGGCUUGUAGCUGAGUCAGAAAAAACACAAAAGGGGCAAACCUGGAAGGAUCUUUUCCGAUGGUACUAUGCUGAUCUGGGUCGUUAUAUAGACCACCACAGCAUCCUGAAGAAAGCCUGGGAUGAUCUGAAAGCUUACCUGACACAGAGAUGCCCGAGAAUGAUUGAAUCCCUCAAAGAGGGAGCUAAGGAGGAGGAACUCGAUGCCAUUGAGGCCCAGAUUGGCUGCAAGCUUCCCAGUGACUACCGUUGUUCGUACCGAAUACACAAUGGGCAGAAGCUGGUGGUGCCUGGAUUGAUGGGCAGCAUGGCAUUGUCCAACCACUAUCGCUCUGAGGACCUGCUGGACAUUGAGACCGCAGCAGGGGGAUUCCAGCAGCGGAAGGGCAUGCGGCAGUGCCUGCCUCUCACCUUCUGCUUCCACACGGGACUCAGCCAGUACUUGGCCCUGGAGGGCACUGAAGGCCGUGUCCGCAGUGAGAUCUUCUACCACUGUCCGGAUCAAAUGGCCCAAGAUCCAUCAGCCAUUGACAUGUUCAUCACAGGGUCAAGCUUUACAGAGUGGUUUACCUCAUAUGUCCAUAAUGUGGUGACCGGGGAGUACCCAAUCAUCAGGGACCAGAUCUUCAGGUAUGUCCAUGACAAACAAUGUGUGGCCACCACAGGUGACAUCACUGUCUCCGUCUCUACCUCCUUCCUGCCCGAGCUCAGCUCUGUGCAUCCCCCGCACUUCUUCUUCACCUAUCGAAUCAGAAUUGAGAUGGCCAGAAAUGCCCUGCCUGAGAAUGCCUGCCAGCUGGACAGCCGCUACUGGAAGAUCACGAACGCCAAUGGCAAUGUGGAGGAAGUGCGAGGCCCGGGUGUGGUCGGGGAGUUUCCUGUGAUGACUCCUGGCAAAGUGCACGAGUACGCCAGCUGUACUACCUUCUCCACCACUUCUGAGUACAUGGAGGGACACUACACCUUCCACCGGCUAAAAAACAAGGAGGAGGUCUUUGACGUUCGCAUCCCUCGCUUCCACAUGGUCUGCCCCACCUUCCGCGAGUCAGUCGUUCGCUCUCAGAACUCAGUAAGCGAUGUCUCCAUUGCCCCCUUUCAUGACGACAAUUCUUCAGACACGGAUGACUAUGAUGAGGGGGAGCUCCGUGGCAUGAACCUGGCCGCUCCAGCAGGACGCUGCCCUCGCCACGUCUGACACUGCCCGGUGGCACCGCACUAUGAGAGGGGCGAGUUGGCAGUUUGUCAGGCCUUUACAACUCAUGCCUAAGCUUUUUAAAAAAUAGUUUUUAGCACAGCCGGCAGUAAAGGAUGGUCUUCUUGCCCCUCUCGGGAAUCUUUCACAGAGAGUUCAAGCUGCCAGUCUUCUUAUGGUAUUCUUUUGGUGAUGAUCAAAUGCAGACACAUUGCUUUUCCUUAUUUGUUUGGAGCAAAUAGGAUGCGUCACAAGAUGAGUGUGCUCCUGAUUACAUUACAUUUGUGCACAUACAGACAGACACAUGACUCAGAGACUUGAUUGGUGUGGUCUGACUUCUCCAAUCCGCUGUUACAAAUCUGCUUCUCUGCAUCAGUGCAGUUGGUUUGUUUCCCAGAAAAACACAGCUUUGCCACUAAUGCUAUGAACCAAUGGACUCCCAUUCAGUGAUGUCACAGUCAAAGAGGUCAGAUAUUACCACUUCAGUGGUUUGACUCCAACAUGAGACAAAGAUCUGAUGUGGUAUGUAAAAGAAAAUAAAUGAUGGUGCUCAUGUCUUUACCAGCGUAGGAUCGAUGUGGAUGAAACUUCUUUGUAAAAUAUGAUAUUGCCACAGACAACAACAUCCCAUGUAGUUUAAAGAGUUUUUUAGAAUUUUGUGAUUAACUGAGAAGUGAUAAGUAAAACAGCACAAGUGUCAGAUCUUACAGUUACGGAGUAACAGAUACUUUAUUAUUUCUCUCCCACUCCAAAGUCACUUACCCUCCCAUAGAGACAGUUGGUUUUGUUUGCUUGGUCUGAUUCCUUGGCUUGACCCUGAUUUAUUGUUUCAGCUUUUAGCUUUAUUGUCAUCCAGUGUUCUCUGGUCUAUAGAACCUGAAUGUGGAAAAGCCUGUCAGGUGCAAGAGAUGUAUACACCGCUUUCACCUUUUUGAAGCAGCCCAUCAUCUCGGGUGUAAACAGAGAACUGGACUUUAAAUUAUCUGGUUCAAUCAGAACAAAAGUAUUUGAAUAAGUACCAUGGUAAAGAUUUCUUUUUUCAUGUUUUGCCAAGUGGGUAAGUGUUCUACCCUUUUUCGGUGUACAGUAUAUAUAUGUAUAGAGAGAGAGAUAUGAGGUUUCUUUUCUUUUGUUAUAUUUUCAGUUUUUAUUGUGGGUGAUUGCUAAUUAAUAUUUUAAUUAGUUUCUCCUUUUUUGGAAAAUAAGCUGUGCAAUAGAGCUUUCAUUUAUCUACUUUUGUUUGAAGAAAAAUCUCUUAUUUGCAAGUGUAUCAAUUAUAUUUUUUCUUUAUAAAUGUGUGUCAUGUUUUUUAUGUUUCAGGUAAAAUAAACACUAUGCUUUA